AUGCCUAAGAAAAAGACAGGGGCUCGAAAGAAAGCCGAAAAACAAAAAGAACGCCAGCGAGGAAUAAGAGAAGGUCGUGAUAGACCUAUUACGGAAUAUUUUUGCAAUGUGAUAAUGGUGGGUUUAUGCCCUUCAGUUGAGGUCUGAAAUUGUUUUACUAUUGGGAUACUAAUUAUUUGUUGUUAUAUUUUCAUUUAUUAACGAAUCAACAGGAAUGUGAUAAGUGCAAAAGGUAAGGGUGAUAGCUCUCAAUUCGCUCAGAAUAUUAUGGAAAGAAACAUGCUUGUUAUUGUGAAGAAAUAAUUGUAACGAUAAACUGUUUAAUACUGAUUUCUUUUCAUAUGCGCAUGGAUAAAAACUAUAAAAUCUCUUUCUUUCCUUUUUUUAUAGACGACAGAAAAAUCGAGCUUUCUGUUAUUUUUGCUCGUCAGUUCAGAAGUUACCUAUCUGUGGAAACUGUGGUAAAUUUAGCUUUGUACUGUAACAAUUGAUAUUAUUUUGAGGAGAGUAUUUAAGCUGUCCUGAGGAGAAACAAGGAAACUGAAGUUUAUUUUAUUCUUCUGUGUUGUAGGAAAGACAAAAUGUAUGUCUAAGAGUGGAGACUGUGUUGUUAAACAUGGAACAACUUUUACAACUGGCUUUGGGAUGGUGGUGAGUGUUUUUUUAUUUUUGCUGAAGAAUUUUCAGCUUAAAUACCAGCCCUUUUCACCCUUUGACCCCAAGAUCUCAUUGUUAAUUCUCAUUACUGGCUGCCAUAUAAGUCUUAUGACAUUACUUUGGAGAAUUUGGUAUUGGAUCAACCCUAUUGAUACUUUUCUGUAUUCUCAUCACUUAUCUGUUUGAUAUUGUAUUAAUAUUGUUGUAGUCAUUCAUGAGAGUUAAAGAGUUAAAAACACUAAAAUUUGUGUACUUUUAAUUUUUUUAAUUACAAAUUGCAGCAUGUAAUUUUUGUGAGAUAUAUUUUAAGGAAUUUAAAGGUCAGCUGCAGUAUCAUAAUUUAUCACAAUAUUUCUUUACUCUGUUUGUAGGGAGCCAUUUGUGAUUUCUGUGAGGCUUUUAUCUGCCACGGCAAAAAAUGUUUAACCACUCAUGCUUGUGAAUGUGCCAUUAGAGAUGGUGAAUGUAUUGAGUGCGAACGAGGUGUCUGGGAUCAUGGUAUGUGUUACAUUGCAAAGAGUCAUUAAUCAUGACUUCUUACCAACCAAGCCUUAGUACCUUAGUACUCUACUGGCAAAUGUUGGCCUGUGAUUGUGGCAGUACAGGGUAGUAUGGAUCCAGCGUAGUGAGGUCCAUACAAAAAAUGAUGAAGUUUAAAGAGCAUUUCAUUUAUCUCAAAUAUUAGAGGGAAAACUUUAAAUCUGUCUUCUUGUGUGCAAGGUUUCUGGGAAAUCUUGAGGCCUGAAAGAAAAAAUUUAUGGGUCAUGUUAAAUUUUAAGUGUCUCAGUUAACUUUGAUGUUUAUAUUUAUUUGAAAUAUUUGUUUCUCUCUUGUAAAGGGCUCAGAGGCUUGCAAUAAGCACUAUUUAAAUUGUUAAUUCAUUGUUUUACUUAUUUUAUCGUGGGUCAUUGCUCUUCUUGGUUCUCUGUAGCUGGAAUAGUACCUAAUCUUCAAUUGCUCUUUUUCUUUUCAAGGUGGACGUGUUUUUGUGUGUUCUUACUGUGCAUCAUAUUUGUGUGAAGAUGACCAAUUUGAGCAUCAAGCCAAAUGCCAAGUACUUGAGUCUGAGACAUUAAAAUGUAAGUUUUUAGAUGAGUUGGCAAAAUACAAGGAUUUGUUUGGGAAUAAACAGUUUCACUCUCAACUUAAAACAUAUGAUCUUGUUUUGAAUAAAAACAAGCUUACCUAGCUUAAUUUUGUAUUGUGUGAAUUUUCUGGGCUGAUUUAGUGUGGUUUUAUUUUAUCUGCCUUUCCCUCUGUACAAUCCUUUUGUUUGGUUGGUAUUAUACAGAGUCCUGUCAUGGGAAAGGAUUAUAAAGAGGAAAAAAGAUGAACUAAUUUAGACCAAAAUUGGUCCUAAAUCAGCCCAGAAAAUUUCACAUGAUACAAAAAGCCAGGUAGGUUUGUUUUUAUUCAAAACUAGUCGUGAAGUUUUAGGUUGGGAGUGUGCUAUUAAUUCCUCUAAAAAUAAAUUGUUAUAUUUUUGCCCAUUGCACAACAUAAACAUUUAGUAUUUGUACAUUUAAGGAGGCUCACUGAUUUUUUUUAACUCUGGGCUUCCUGUGGCAUAGCUGGUAUAUAAAGGGUUGGUAGUGAGAGAAAUCAGUUGGAGUAUGAAGUAGAAUCCAGGUAAUCUGGCUUUGUGUUUCAUUUCACAUGCACCAGGUGGUUCCUGUAACAGAUUAGGUCAAUACUCAUGCCUCAAGUGCAAGGUAAAUUUUCUUUAUUUUUCUAUUGAAAACAUGACAUUUUACUUUUUCAGUGGAAAAAUUUUGAUCAUCAUUUUCCUCAUAGAGUACAUCUAGCUGCCAUACAGGCUUUUUUUCUAUUAAGCUGUCGAUAAUAAAUAACUUUUUAAACAGUGUGUUAAACAAAGCUCAUUCAAUCUUUCCUUUUACUGACCUGGUUUGUCACCAAGAGCCUGCAGUCUUGUAGCUCAGUCUAUGCAGCUUAGUGAGUUUGAAUCCUUAUAUGGGACUCAAACGAAUUAGCUGAUGUACAAAGGACCCAAUGACCCCUUCCCUCUCUGAAAUAGUGUUGAACACCACUUGCAAUUUAUGUUGCUACUGAAAGUAACUAAACAGUGUCACAGCGUUCCGUGAUCAAAACAGAAAAAUCAUCGAUAAACAGAAAUGCAAAUACACUGUUGCUUCAUUUUUUUUAUUCACUAACCUGUGUCAGCGGGUUUGGGACCCCUCCCCUCCUCCGGUCCAUUUCUGCCAGCGGAUUUGGACCUCCCGGCCCAAAAUGGACCCUGGCCUGAGUGAAUGCUUUAAAAUAUCAAAAUUCGUACAGGCAUGUUACUGCGACGAUCACGUCAAAAGAAAAGGAGUUAAAUACGUUAGAGGACAGCCUAUACCCUGUCCAAAAUGUGGAUACCAGACCAAAGAGACCAAAGAUCUGAGCAUGUCCAGUAAGUUAACAUUUCCAAUUCAAAAUUCUUUGGCGUUUUCAUGGCGUUGUACGUUCGUUGUUUCAGAUCAUCUCUUUACUUUUAAUUUUAGCUCGUAACUACGCGUAUUCUCGUCAACGAAAUGAUGUGAACGACGACGACGAUGAUGACUACGGGUCCAGCGGUUUCAGUUACGGGUCAAGUGGGUUCAGUUACGGGUCAGGCGGGUACGCUUACGGGACAUCCCACUACGCAGAUAAUGAAGACGAAGAUGAAGAUGAUAGUGAUGAGGAUGAUGACGAGGAGGAAGAGGAGAAAGAAGAAAUUGAUGAUGAUGACGAUGACAAAGAAGACAAACAGGAUAGAAGUGACAUGGACGACAAGUUGUCUGAAUUAAAAGUUUCAGUGUCUUGACCAAACUCAAAGGUUUUCUUGGAAUUGGACGACUCUUUAUUAUCUGCAGAAACUGGCGUUUAUGCAAAGAAUAUUUUAUUAUUGCAGAAGAAUAAAAUAAUGAAUUAAAUAACAGAGAAGAGUCAGUAGAAUCGUACCGGUCAAAAGUUUGAAAAUGAACUGACAUUUGUAAUGUUUGUCCUUGCACAUGUAAGCAUUGUAAAGACUUAUAACGUUUUUGAAUUAGCGCCUUGACUAGAGGGAAAUUGCGCGAAUUCUUGUCUCAUUCGCAUGUAAAAUCUUUGAUUACGUGAGGCCCAAAGACUGGCGCGUGAUCCUCAGAACCAAAAAGGCAAAAUAAUCUCGCUUAAGUAAACAGCUCUACUUCCGCGCAGUGUUUCUCUCUCGACUUGCUGUUUCAGUUGCCGACAAUUUAAACAGAAAGUUAAUACUCAAGAGGAAGAAAAUUGGAAAAGUCGAUUGUUAAUGAAAAAUUUGACAUGGUGCGAUGACUUCCUUAUAACAUAUUUUAACAGGGGCUCAACAAAGAAAUGUAUCUUUCUUUAAUUGUUUUAUUUUCGGAAAAAAAAAACUAAAUCAAAACAAAAAAAAACAUUUCAAAAGUGCAAUAGCAAUUUUCAAACUGGAUACAUGUGAUUCGCAAAUUAGCCCGCGGAAAACCUGAAUUAGCAAUCCGUGAAGUAGCCAUAUUAUGUUCGUUCGACAUCGGAUUUUUACAGUUUACAACAAUUUUAUGUUUUCGUUCAAAACAUUUAGAUCGUGAGUUCCAAAAGAUAGGCAAUGUGUUUGAUUGGUAACACUGUAUGCCUCUGCUAAGAUACGUGACAAAAUUUUAAAUCAGUUUUUGUGUUGAAAAUAAAUAAUCGAUUUCAUUCAAAUAACAAUGAAAAGCAAGUUUGUCGGCUGUAGUACAUUUGAUUGUCAUUCUUAGUUUUAUUUAUUAACGAUUUUACAAGGUUACUUUAACACAUUCAUUUCACUUUUAUCGCAACAGAAUUUUUAAUGUUUACGUAAAGCGAAGAAAUAAAUCUAAACUGUGCCACAAGCUUUCUGGAUGAUACUUCUCAUUCCGAAAAUACACCUUGUCAGUGGUCUUAAAGAGUUAAAUGAAUUGGUAAUGUAUGAAAUCAUUCACGGGUUCAAUUUUUGUAUUCUUUGUGUUGGCGUGGUCGACAUCUCUUAGUUUCCUACAAUGAAUCUGUUUGACACUUUGACAGGCGGCGACAAAAGAAACCCAGACUGAAUGACUGAAAAUUGUUACGAAUCUAAACAGAGGUACAGAUGUCACAAAGUCAACAGUGGAAGGUCAACAGACGCAUAGGUUACUAAAGAUUUGAUCAACGCAAAUAAUGAACAGAGGAAAGCUUUGAUCACGUCCCUUUUCCCCUCUAAUUUUGUCCUGUUUUUUCUUUUUAAUUAGCGGUGUCGUAUAAAAACAGGUUUAUUCGUAUUAACCGAGGGGAUUUGUUCUCACCUGAAAGUGUUGACAGCUUUCAUCACUUGACCCGCUUUAAGACGUCACAGGGAUUGCUCAAUAACAGGCUUGAUACAGUGUUACAAAUUUAUUUUGAACACGGCAUGGACUGUAACAAAGCUAAUUACAGCAGAUACUUUCAAACUGUAACCUCCAUGGAUAAGAACAGUACCUCGGCCCCUGGACUCGGGUCACAAGCUCGUCUUCUUGAAGGUUUUGGUUUAUCAAUCGUUCUCUUGGUCUCGCUGGUGUUAAAUCUCUCCGUUUGUGCGAUUAUCUGGCGAACAAAAUCACUACGUGAGAAGGCGACUAAUACAUUUGUGGCAAACCUGUGCAUCGCUAAUUUGUUACUGACUGCCUGUGUGAUUCCGUUUAGCUUGGUGACCAUCGUUGAAGAUGAACAUGCAUCUUAUUCAAAACUUUUUUGCCAGGUAGGACUGUCAAUAUUAUUGGAAUCAAUUUGAAUUUUAACAUGUUUCAAUGUAAUAGUUUUCACGAGGCAUUGCAGUUCUGUUGCGAAACGCUUUUAAUAUUUAACAAGGUUACCACACGAGAGAUCAGUAAUCAGUUAACUUAAGUUUUUUUCUUAGUGCAAAUCGCUGCAAAAUAUAUUUUUUUAACUAUUUGAAUGCAGUGUUGCCGCAAAUGCUUUUAUAACUCGAAUAUUGAAUGAACUAAUUUUGUAUGUGGCAACCAAGUUUUUUCUCCUCGUCCUUACGGUGUUAGUAGUAAGUGAUGGGCGAGCCAUUGUAAACUGGAAAUUUAGCGUACCUUAGCCGACCAAUUGUUGCUGAACAGGUAAAACUGUAUUUUACAGUUUACACCACACACAAACAAACAAACAAAGAUAAACAAACAAACAAAAACCGCAACUAUGGUAAGACUUCGAAAAAAGUGACAGUGCGUAACACAAAGGACCAUGUCUACUAGAAGCUCGUAUUUGGGACCAUCUUAGCUGGCAACAAUACAACCUGCGUCUCUCUGCACCCUCUAUCUUCUUGACUGUUUCCCAACUGAAAUUCUACAUCAAUUAUGGUCGAACAAGAUUCCUUCUUUCCAAAAUCAAUUUUAGUUAUUGUUAGUAUGUUUUUUGGGGAUGAUGCUUGACUUGAAAAUUGUACUGAAUCUGCUUAUAUUUACGCAGCACACGAAAAGUAAAACUUCCUCAACACUUUGUAACCUAACAUCAGUAUGCAUAUUCUCCAUUCAUUUCAUAAGGUGCUGACAAGGAGAAUUUGUGUAACAAUCGAGAGUUUCUUUAGUUGGUGAUACACUUCCUUUAUUCUCAUGACCCUUACACUUGAUUCAAGGGUGACUCUGUAAGGAGAAAUUUUAAGCCAAUCAUUCUUGGGUGUCAGAGGUUAAGGCAACGGUGUACACAGGAAUACUGUAUUUGAUCAAUAAAAUCAAUUUUCUUUGUAUGUAUAAUUUUUCUUGUAACAGAUGCUUCCUCUAUUUUCAGGCAAAUGGUUUCAUAAGUGUUGUGUCGAGUGUUGCGAUUGUCAUGACUCUUUGUUGUAUAAGUCUUGAUCGAUACAUUGCAGUUACCAGGCCAACACGUUACAAGAUCAUUGUCACGGUCAAACGUGCGUGGUAUACUUUGCUAGUGGUCUGGGGACAAGGACUCUUGUACGCCACGUUUCCCAUAUUUGGUUGGUCCAGGUACGAGUAUCAUCCGGGGACUUUACACUGUUCACCAGUAUGGACAUCAGAGUGUUCCCUGUACAUCUAUCUGGCAGUGGUGGGAUUUGGAAUUCCAAUGACUGUCAUGGUGUUCACGUACAUUCGUAUUUUCUUCGUCAUACGUAGACACGCGCGCAAGGUUUCCACUGUCAAGCGAACGCGACCAAAGGUUAAAAACAAUAAUUGCAAACUGAUUUCUGUGAAACAAAGAGGGAGUGUACAGCCACACUCGACUCAAAAUUCAUCGAAUGAGGACAAGUCCUCGAGUACGGCCGACAAGCUAAACUCUUCAGCUGCAAAUGAGCAAAUGUUAUGUAGCUCUACGGCAAACCUUUCAGAGUUAGACAGCUGUGCCAAGCAAUUUGAACUGAAUGCGAAAACUGGCGUGGUCAGUGGUUUAUAUUUGCAAGAAGGCGAAAAAGUACUCUUCGCUACUGAACUGCCGUCUGUUAACACUUGUGACCAUGGAGCGCAGUCAAACAGCAGCAACGAGCCUUCAGAUGUCCAGCGGAGCAAACGUAGUUUAAUUCACGUUACAAACACGCUCAGAAAAUUCUGGCCGCGAAAACACAGGCGCAACCAACGACCGUUAUCCAGAGAAUUCAAAGUAGCAAAGACUGGUGUGCUGCUGUUGUUUAUUUUCAUUGUCUUGUGGUUACCUUACAUGGUCGUGCAUAUCUGUUCCUCCGGAGUAAAAGCUCCACCAACUGUGUUUCGAUUGACAAUGUGGCUUGUGUUCAUGAACGGGGUUUUGAAUCCUAUAGCUUAUGCGUUGGGCAAUUCGACGGUGAAAAUGAAGUUUCAACAGAUGUUCGCCACGGUUUUUUCUCUGUGCUGCAAGUGUAGGAGGACUGUAGAACAGCGAGCGACUCCUCGCAUGUCAGAAAGAGUCUGAAUAUUUUUCUCCACGUUCAAACAUAUUUGCUUGGACAAACGUUUAUCGGCAUCGAAGGUAUAGUCACAAAGACACGUCUUGAAGAGGGGCGAUGAACAUCUCUCCACCGCCAAUAUUUCCUCUCACGCUUUCUCUACCCUCCUGUCCCAGCUUAUCUUUCCCCUUCUUAUCGCUUUCCACCCCCCCCCCCCAGCUACAAUCUGUUCAGGAAUUCUGAACAAUUUAAUUUUAUUCGACUGAACUGAAGGAGUCUUUUAAAUUUCUGAAAAACGGCUUUAUUGCCAACAUGAUUGAUAGGAGACCCAAAUGCUUAGCUGAGCUAACGUAAUACACGAAUUACUUUCAAAUGACUUAACUACAGUUGCCAGGCAAUUGGAAAAAGAUAUGACCUAUAUUAACUGUGUUUGUUAGGGUGCAGUAUUCUAUAGCUUAGCCACAAAAAACUACUGUACUCCUGCUGUGACUUAAAUGGAAUUAAUAUAAUUUAACAAAUAUGUAGGAAACAUCUAGCCAAUAUUGUAGACAAAAUAGUCUGUGACAACUUGGAGGACUCGUGUACAAUCGAAAACAAAAAUGCAAAGCAUUUGAACAUAAUCACGGAGCGCAAGUAUUUCCUUCGAGAGCUUCGUCGAGCACUGUCCAAAAUAGUCACCUCGAACUUGACUGAAAUCUUAAUGUUAGUCAAAUCCCAUUUCUCUCAAAUCCCCUAAGAACAUUUGUAGUUUCAAAUUCCACUUACGUUGUAUCCUUCAGAGAGGAGAAAAAAAUAUAAUGUACACAUUAAGAUAGUCAGAGUGAUAUGUUAAAAAAAAAAGAUCCGUCGCGAUUGAAACACGUAAAGCCAGCGGCUUCGUUUGUUGAUUGUUCCGUUUUGACCUCACCUCCUCUUUGUAAUUUACAAAGCAUUGUUAUCUUUGUAUCAUCCUAAUAGAAAAUUUUUAAAUUUAACUGUGACUCAAAAUUUAGUUAUCAGUUGAUUUACAUAUGAACACGCAGUUAUCUAUCUCUGAAAAUACUAUUUUUGUCUUAGUGCCUCACGCGUGAUUUCUAUAUCAGUGACGCAAGCCACAUAAGCUAAUGCCUUUGGACAUGUUUGCAGCAAAGUAUAGCUACAACAGUUCUGAAGAGUAAUUUUAUUGUUGUCAAAAUGCGCAUAAAUUAUCCACACUAACUCUGAAAACACUAUUUUAUUUUCUAAUUCAGCCGAUGUUUUGAUCUAAAGGGUCGACAAAAUAAGCUACAUUUCACCGUCCACUCUGAAAAACAAGGCGGCCGGCUAUUCCGAAUGCUUAUAGCUCAAUUUUCAGCAUGGAGGCAUAAUGUUGGUGCUAAAUUUUUAUCACAGUCCGGUUUAUUUAAAAUCUUUUAGACAUCUCUACCAGAACUCUACUUGUCCUACUUCCCAUCGGCAAAGCAAGGAAGUCGAAGUUGUGCGUUAUCGAUAUCUGUCUAGCCGUGGGAAUUUAGAAAUAUUUGACCGACAAGUGUUUUUAAAAUGAAUAGAUGCAAAAAAAUCGAGGCGAAUUAAUGUACAGUUUUCACAAAUGCAGUUAUUUUUCAUUGUUAAGAUGAGGGAGGAUCAAAAACUGGCCUAUAUAAAACACGAUUUCCCCGUAAACUUCCUCCUCGGCAAAGACACUUGCCGGCACAAUACACUAAAGUGAUCACGUGACCUCUAAUCCGCUUUUAUUGCCGGCGAACCAGUGGCUUACUUUUGUAUCAGUAAUACUAACAGUACCAAGCUUUUACAAUGGAAAAAAGUAUAAACUCAUUUCUCUAUUUUAAAGUGUUUUUUUCACCUUCUCUGAUUGUAAGGGAAAGACUAUUAUUGACUUAAACGCAUCGCACAAAUUCAUUACCAUUUCAAAAUGUUACCGCUUUUGUUUUCUUUUCUAAAAUGUAAACAAUUGGCACUUUUACCAGUCUGAAAAAACAGGCCAAAAAUAAGCCUCUAAUAACUAUGUUUGAAUUACAUUAAGUUUCAUGUCAUUGGCCGAGCAAGGUUGUUUUUCUCCUUUGCUGCAAAAUGAGUAUGUAAACUUUUCACGACUGUGUUAUUGGCAUCCUUUGCCAGCGGCUAAUUAGACACUGAAAUAUUCAGAUUAGAGAUAGUGAUUUCCUGAAGAUUGUACACAUUUGGCAUAAUGAGUGUUUCGUAAUGACAAGUUGCUAUUAUCGGUAGCCAAUCUUGAGCGUUCUUUUGAAAAUUGUUACAACAAGACCAUUGAUCGGUGAAUGAUUCCUCCCGGAAACCUUCGAGUCAUAAAACGAUUUCUCUCGUUUAGCUACAGGAAAUAUCCUUUCAAGUGCUUGUUCAACAAAAACCGUCAAUAUUCAACAGUAUUCUACGCCAAAACGAGCAUUAGACAUUUACAGUUGAUUUUGGCCGACGAACUUUGUUUGCCGCACUCGCCGCCAAAUGGCGGAGCUUACUGAGAAAGAUGACCCCGUUACUUCGUCUAUUUUACACUUCGUUCAAGAAGUCUUUCUCGUAUUUUUCAUAGCCGCAGCCAUUGUACUUAACUUUUCUGUAGUUUAUGUUAUUUGCAGAAACAAACAUCUCAGGAAGAUCACCACUAAUAUAUUCAUUUUAAACCUGGUUGUGUCUAACGCGUUAAUGGCAAUAUUUGUGAUGCCACUGAGCUUGGUAACGUUUAAAAGAUUGGGUUGGACCAUUGAUUCAUCGCUUUGUAAGGUGAGAGGAAUUUUUUUAAAUUUUAAUCAGCUUUUCACAGUUUCUUCGCUAACAAAAUAUUGAAUAAUGGAAUUCCCAGUCGGAAAAAGAAGCACGUUUUUCAUUAUUUCAGUAGUUUACGUAACUGGGAAAACUUUGUUAAUGUACCAGUCAUGCCAAGCCAGCUGCAAGGCGUUCUUUUCUACCAUUGUCAGUUCUGCUUGCGAUGAGACCUACACGGGAAAAAUCGCCUUCAGCAGUAUGUUUGAAAACUGAAUUGUAAACAUCCUUUUGUUAGGGACUUGUAUGAUAACGAAAAGAAUUCUUCUGCUUUGUUUAACUCUCUCAUUUGCUUUGGUCUGUAGUUGUUAUUUUGUACCCAAAAAGGAAAUAGGUGACCAUGGGUAGUGAAAAAUUAAAGUUUGCAAAUUAAAGCAGAGAUGGUCUACCCGACUAUAGAAAUAGAGAAGUGCUAAAACUUUUCACACUUAAGAAAUUAAACAGAAAUUUGUCAUAAAUAUUCAAUCGCUUCACUGCCUGAAAAUUAUUUCACCAACAUGCAAAUUAAAAGAGAAUUUUUUUUUCAGUUUUCUAACUGAGAUUAGCCGUACAGAUUUUGACGUCAAAGAAAAAAAAAAGAAGUAAUCCAAAAAGAUGUCUGCGGAUUAGAUACUAGUCAUUUUAGUCAGUGCAAAUAGGGAACUCGUUUAUAUUGUCAUCCUAUGUUCGUGACGAAAGUUUAUCUCUGGAUGAACAAACAAAAUAGCGAAAAAAUUCAUUUUCAAGAAACGGAAAUUUGAGCACCUAAUGGUUUGAGAAUUUACCUUAUUCAAAAGCGGCGCUCACGAAUUCCAUGUUUUCGAUUGUUAAUGUGAGAUAAAACACUUCAUGACAUAUCAGGCGAAAGGAAAUGGCUUAAUCUUAUUACUGAUAACUUAAAAUCGUUUUUGAAAAUCCCGUAGGAGGCAGGUAUUGCUUGAUAUCGAAUCCUACGCAUCGCUAGAGGUAAAUAUUCAUAUCGGGAGCAAAGAGGAAGGAAGAGAAUCUCAUCAUCACAUUUCCUUAACGAAAACGAGAUUAUACGGCUUUUGUUUUAACCAAAGAUACGGAUUCGAAGACCCUGAUUGUUUCAUGGCAACAUAAAACUGUGCAAAUUCCAAUUCUAUAGAGAAUAAAAUGAAGGGCCAUUAUGUGCCACUUUCUGAGUCUGUUCACCAAGGAGCUCCAGCGCGUAAGCUCUAGGAAAUCCAACAAGCUGAAGAAAUUUGUUUAUCACACUUUGGCUAUACGUCAGUCGAUACGCAAAGUGUAUUUUGCGCGAGCAAUUACUUGCAUUAUGUAAAAAUUCGAAUGAAGUGAAGAGCGUCGAAAAAAAUAAAAUAAAAUAAAAUAAAAAACUGCACUGUUAGGCGCAGCUUGGUCUAAAUACCGUUUUAAUCAUUUGCCUGUUAAUUACAGAUGAAUGGAAUUUCCAGUACUAUGUUGUGCUUUGCAUCCAUCUCAACUCUAUGCUGCAUCAGUGCUGAUCGAUACUUAGCAGUGGUCAAACCAAUGCGCUACAAGCAUGUGCUAACCCCGAGGAGAGCGUUCUGCAUGCUCAUGCUGGUUUGGUUAGGGUCUCUGUCUCUCGCUUGUUUGCCACUGAUCACUAACUACGAGUUUCACCCAGGAACGAACCACUGCUCUCCUGCAUGGCAUCGUAGCUGUGAAUUAUACGGAUUCAUGACUGUUUUAGCUCUCGGAAUACCUUUAGUAACUCUUCUUUCCACUUAUGGUAUGAUAUACUCGUCUGUGCGUAAGCAUGCAAAAAGAGUUUCUCAUUGGAGGGUUUCAACCAGUGGCGCAAGUGGGCAGCGGGACAGCACGUGCGUACGAGAAGCUGAAAUCACGGGACAUGAAAUAGACUCGUUUCUCUCUAAUUCAGCGCUUGAUGAGGAACAUACAGAACGUAAUUUGAGUAGAUUCAAAAAGUAUGUAGAUCAGAACAAUUCGGAAAAGUUCAUUGCACCUUUACGAGAUUUUGGAUGCAAAGGAGAAUCUUCUAAGUCAGAGAUUCCAGACAGACAUCAAGACAAAAAGUUUCGAUCGUAUUCCGCAGGAUGCGAGCACGCUAGAACGGACGAGAAUAUUCCUCCUUUCUCCUUACGAAUGAAGUUAGCUGAGGAAGCGGAUAAUGAGCCUGCGAGACCGCGAUCGUGCUCUGUCAGCGUGAAAUUUUCUGUCAGUGAGCUCGUACCAGGAACAGUUUCACCUUUUUUUUGCCCGCAUGACCUGGAAGGAGAACAAUUCCACAGAUCGCUGAGGAUGAGUAGUUAUUGUAUGCUGAAGGAAAAAAGCUUUACUUUUCCAGAGCCAAAGUCGUGUAGCUCUUUAGAAUUGCGCCAGACCAUUGAUUCAAUCAAGGAAGGAAUGCCUUCUCAUUCAAUUAGUUUUACGGUAACCAGCGCUUCCACUCCUGCUGUAAGCCCUGACUUAAACAUUCCAGUCCCAUUUACUUUGAACAGAGUUAUUUUGCCAGAUCAGAGGUCUUCAGGAAACUAUAAUGAAACGUCACAGUUUUCAGAUGAGUCGAAACAAGCGUGGAAUUCAAAAACCAGUCCUAACCAUCUUCAGUUACCGCCCACCCCCAUGCCUAUUUUUGUUAAACCUGUCAAUCCGGAUGAACCCGUCCAUAGUAGGAAAGCAAGUUUACCAGAGCUGAUCUCUCGGCCGAAAUCUCGUUCGCGAUCUCUCAGUUUUGGAACGUUGUAUGACGCAUCUGACAAGAACCCCACAUUACUUAAAGCACCUACCACGCAGAAAAUUAGUUCUCCCUUAUUACGACUUCGUGCCAUUUCAAAAUUUAAAAGCAAACUUCGUGUUAGCGUCGUACCACGCGAGUACAAGGUGGCUAAAAUCGGGUUCAUUCUCGUGAUGGUUUUUUUCUUAUCUUGGGGUCCGUACAUGAUGGUGCAUAACUGUCAGCCCUCCUCCAAGACCCCUCUGUGGGUGUACCGAAUAGCCAUGUGGUUGGUGUACUUGUCGUGUGUAUUGAAUCCUAUUGUGUACGCAUUAUCAAGUAAACAUAUCAGAACAGCUUUUAGCAACCACAUGAAGUGCUGUAAAAGGCUAAACGCUCGUAUAUCGAUGCGUCGUGCGCGACCAAGAGCGGCAACAAUAGCCUGA